GAAGGUAAAUAGUGAUGCGUUGCUCUGUCGGCGUGGGUUUGAAUUCAUGAGUGAAAGUUAUUUUUAAGUGAUUAAUUUAAAUAUUAGUCCGUUUUAAUGUAUUAGUACUUAAGUACUAAGACUUUAAACGAAGCGUUAGGAAUUUGUGUGAUCUGUGUUUAAGUCUGGCCAGUUUGACAACAAUCAAUGAGACAGUAGCGAUAGGAAGUGUGUGUGUGUGUGUGUGAGAGGGAGAGGGAGAGUGUGAGAGAGUGUGUUUGUUGUGUGUUUGUUGUGUGUUUGUUGUGUGUUUGUUGUGUGUUUGUUUGUUGAUCCACGAUGGUGUUUUUCACUUGUAACGCGUGUGGAGAGUCGCUGAAAAAAGCCCAGAUCCAAAAACACACCUCUAUGUGCCGGGGAUGCCAAGUUCUGUCCUGCAUUGACUGCGGAAAAGAUUUCUGGGGAGAAGACUAUAAAAGCCAUGUUAAGUGUAUCAGUGAGGAUCAGAAAUAUGGAGGGAAGAACUACGAGGCCAAAGCAAAUAAAGGCGACGUAAAACAGCAACAGUGGAUUCAGAGAGUCCAGGCGGUGCUGGAUAAGCCGGGUGUGAGUGCAAGACUGCGCUCCGUGCUGCAGCAGGUCGCCACUUACGACAACGUCCCUCGUAAGAAAGCCAAGUUUCAGAACUGGAUAAAGAACAGUCUGAAGAUUUACGACUCCAGUCUGCAAGAUCAAGUUUGGGAGAUCUUCUCCUCUUCUGAAAGUCCACAGGGUAACGGAGCCGAACAUCCCGUACACACGUCGCCGCCAGAGCAGGACACGCAGGAAGAACAAGUGAAACCCGAGAAGAAGAAAAAGAACAAGAGAGAGAGAAAAGAAGAGCGUCAGAAGAACAGUAAAAAGAAGCGAACGCAGGACGAGCAGAACGGAGAGAACGGUGUAGAAGAGCCUCAGAAGAAGAAAAAGAGGAAGCAUGCAGAGGAAGAAGAGAAUGUGGAGGGAAAAAGCUCAAAGAAAAUGAAGAAAAGGAAAGCGGACGAGUGUGAAGAGAGCCAAAAUGUGGAGGAACUGGAGGAAGCAGAGGAUGAGCAGGAAGCACAAGACAAGUCUAACACUAAAGGGAAGUUCAACUGGAAAGGAACGAUAAAGGCGAUUGUUCGUCAGGCUCCAGAAGAAGGCAUCGCACUCAAGAAACUCCGAAAAAAGGUUUUAUCGGCGUAUUAUUCCUUCAGUGCAGAGGACAAUCACAAAUCGGAGGAGGAGCUGUAUUCUCUGUUCAACAAGAAGCUGAAAAACCCCAAGUUUAAGAUCCUGAAAGAAAAAGUCAGACUUGUUAAAUAACACAAACAGCUUCGGUUUGUAAAUGAAGCCGCAGACAGUCACCAGAAGAAACAUCUCCUCAUCCAGUUUUAUGUCUCAUCCGUGUCUAUUUUUCUUAAAAUAAACGUUCUUCCUGAACAGAUA